GGCAUUAUCAAGAAGAUUAAGCUCAAAAAAGUUGAUUUCGAAAGAAACCACAAUUGAGAAAAUUAAAAAACAGCAUGAAGAUUCCGUAAUUGUUAGAACCGUUAUUCCAUUAAAUGAUGAUGAACUCGAAUUUAACCAAGAAAGCCAAUAUGGAAAUAUUUAUAAACUAAAUGACGCCUAA